AUGUUUUCUUCUAUUUUGAAUCCUCUUGAGGCUUUUCUUUCUCACUUUUUUCUUUCAUUUCUUUGUUUCGUUUCUUCCUGUUUCUAUUCUUUCAAUUCCUCACAUAAUGCUUCUAACUUUUCUUUUUUUUCUUUUGUGUUUAAAAGCCUUUUUAUUCCUUCCUUUUUCUCUACUUCAUUUCUCCAUCUUUCUUCCCUGAUUUUUGUUUUCUUUCUUCAUGGUUUUCUUUACUUUCUUCUUCCUCUCAUUUAUUCUUUCAUUUCCUCCUUUUUUUUAUUUCUCUUUUGUUUCCCUCUAUUAAUGGUUUUGCCUUUCUUUCUUUUUCAUUUAACUUCUCUUUCUUCUUUAAGUCGUUUUUCUUUAACUCUUUUUUUUAUUUUUCGAUUAAUUACUUUUCUCUUCUUUCUCCAUUCUUUUUUUUUUUUAUUAUUCUUUUAUCUGACUGUCUUCUUAAUCCUUUUUCUGGUCGUUCACUUUAAAAUUUAA